AAUGUUAUAUGUGAGCUAAAGCAAAGAUAUGGCGGUCAACGUAGCGAAUGUGCUAGCAUCAAUCCUUAUUCAGCCCCGGAGCGUUCUGCAGCGUGCCCAUCAGAUGUGGGAGAUGACUUGGCAUUUUACACUGGGGCGACUCUCGACCACAUAAUGAACGAGCUGUGCAAGCAGGCAGACUGUUUUAGCGAUAUUAAUCGCAAAAAAAGUUUGGAUGACCCAUCUAUCAAUUCAUUGGAGGACUGCAUGACAGAAUUGGGUCGCCUUAGGCAGUUACUUAAAGAGAAAGAUCGUCAACUAGAUAAUCUUAUUGUGGAAAACGAGUGCCUGUGCGAUGCUGUUGAAAGAAAAGCAAGUGAAGCUUUAGAAACUGAAAACAACUGCAAUAUUCAAAUAAUUGGCAUGAGAGAUUUAUUAAAGCAAAAGGACCAACAAUUGGAAGACCUUAUUGAUGAGAAUGACUGCCUAUGCGAUGCAGCUGAACUUGGAAAAAAGAAACUUGAUGACUUGGAAUACCAAGUACAGAAAUUAGACGAGGGCACUAGGUAUAUGGAGCAAGGUAUUGCGGAAAGCAUUGAACUGAUUCAAGAUAUUGGAAGCAUAGCACAAGAAAACGACAGGCUAAAGGGACAAGUUGGUACCCUCAGAGAUAGUGAGGCCCAGCAACUCCAUAACCAAGUUCAGGAGCUAAACGAUGGUAAUAGGUACUUGGAGAAUGGUAUUGCAGAAAGCAUCGGAAUUGUUCGAGAUAUCGGAGAUGUAGCGCAAGAAAACGAGAGACUAAAGGCGCAGGUUGGCAAUCUUAAAGAUAGUGAAACCGGGAAACUUUUUGACGAUCUUUCGAAGCAACUCCAAGAUUGCAGGGAGAAGUCGCAAUAUUUGCAGGAAAAUAAAGCAUUGGGAGAUGCUUUGCAGUCAUUGGGCGUAAAUCCAAAUGAUAUUGAAAGGAAAAUAACACAAAUUCCUUUAACUGGAUCUUCUCCAAGUGGUCAGGCUGGAGCGGAAAUAGGCGGAACACAAGGAGCUCCAACCAAAACCGGAACGGAACAAAAAGCACCUGGAGCAGAAAUGCCAGAGACCCAAGGAGCUGGAAAAAAACCUCUUGUUGAAGGCACCAGCAAACGAGUCGACGAAGCACAAAAAGUCUCCGAAGGAGCGUCAGGAAAACCCGCUGAUGCUGCAAUAAGACCAACUACUAAGGGAAAAACAGCUGAAGAAACAUCAGCUGGAGAAGCAGGCGCUGGAGGGUCAGCCGCAAGGGACCAGCCACUAGCGGACCAAGCGAUGGAGGAGCAAACGCUCAAGGAACAGCCACUGCAGGACCAGCUGCUGGAAAACCAGUUGCUGGAGGACAAGCCGCUGGAGGAACAACCUCUGGACAAUCAGCUGCUGGAGGACCAGCUGCUCCACCUGCUAAAGGAUCAAACAAUGAAGGAAAAGCAGGUGCCGGACCAGCCACAGGAGGACCAGGCACUGGAGGAUCAGGUCCAGAAGCUGAAGCUGCCGCAGGACCAGCCACUAGAUCUGCUGCCGCGCCAGCUACUGGAGGCGCUGCUGGAGGACCAGUCGCUAAAGGCGCAGCUGGACCACCUGGAGGCGCGGCCGGACCAACCGCCAGAGCGCCCCCAGGACCUGCGGCGGGAAAUACCACUGGUACUAUUUCUGAAGGACCAACUGAAACAAAUCUGGACCAACAUCAAAAUCAAAGGAGGGGCCUGCAGGUGGACUACCUUCCGGAGCUGCAGGAAAACGAGUUCCCAAUUUAUCAGCAAUUCAAGAGCAAAAGGUCAAAUUCGAGCAUCUCAAGUAGGACUAGGAACAGAAAAAGAAUAUGUUAAAAGGGAUUCUAACAAGGCCUUGAAGUCUGAAAGAAGACGAUCCAAGAGUAAGGGGGAAACUAGUGGAACCACAGCUUUCAGCACUCGCAGUAGCCGUGAAAGUAAAAGGGUCAACAGAUAUGGAGACCAUAGAAAUAAAGGGAUGCGGGCCUCGUCACGAUGCAGGGACGACGGACAAUUCGACGACUUUGUAAGACAUACUGUACAAUCUUUAUCAUCCGGCGAUGUCGAUGGGUGUGGAUUGGAAAGAGAGUUGCGCAAGAUCCUUGAUAUGUUCGUCGACGAGUGUGGAUUCUGCUUCUGCAAGUGCAAUAUUCCAAAAAGCCGAUUUUAUGCUAUUUGUCAUAAGCUAUACCAUCACGGCUUACAUACUUUAGAAUUUAAAGAAUUGGUUUAUAUGCAUAAGCGUAUAUAUGCAGCUGCCGAAAAUAUCCUUCCCGGUUGUUUAUUUAAUAUGAUAGUGAAAGAAAUGACUGGAGUCACCUGCGCUCCGACUUUAUUAGCUUCCUAUAAUCCAUGUCCGUCGUCUGCGACAAAAGCUCUUAAGUGCUGCAGCUGUAAAAACAAUAUGUGCUGUGACUCUAGUGAAGAAAAGCUAAUGCGGAAGGUGAUGCGUUUGGAAAGUGACAUUGAGAAUGCUAAGAUGUGUCUUCAAAAUUUAAAGAGCAUCCCAUCAAAACUCUCUAUUCCACGAUGUCGUUUAAAUGUCAGUGAUUCAUCUGUUAAUGAUUUAAAAAUGGAACCGGUAAUGACACUUUCAUUCAGCUAAGAUACAUUUUUUAUGAUGUUUAAUGAGGAGUCCAAGUAACUAAGUGUAUUACAUUAAAUGUGCAUUUAUAUUUGUUUAUUAUCUAUAUUUUUAAGGUGAUGGUUAGCAUAUAAUUUACUUAUAAUAAAUGAAAUGGAUUGGA